AUGGCCUUUGACGAUAUUCAAGGGUAUCAGCAAGGCACUUUUGAGCAGCCAACGGACGGAUUUUCGUCUUUACGAACGUUGAGCAACAGUGAUUUUGACUUAGAGAGCCUAUUCCCAGGCCUGGGUAUGACUCUAGAUCCCUUAAGUGAGGGCUCUGACCAGUUUAUAGCCAAAGUUAUCCUCGAAAAUGAUGGAAAAGCCAUACAACCGCCUCCAUCAGUCAAAAAUCCAUUAUCAUCCUCGCACUCGACAUCCCAGGCAGAAGCAACACAAGGAGAUCUGGUCGAGCAGUGGUUGAAUUACUCUAUAACGUUCUCAAAGUUACAGGGUAUACCACCCACAUUUACAUGGAAUGGCCGAGACUACCUUGCCUGUAUUAUCUCUCCAACAGUGAUCCCUUUGAUAUCAACUAAUGCUCUCCGCCACAUUCAUAAGAUUUGUGGCGAACUCCCAAUCCAACUCCUUCCAAAUGAGCAUGCUGUGGCGCUACCGUCAUAUGUUGCCAUGUUUCCUGUUAAUUGCCGGUACUCAGUUGUCCUUGUCAUGGUCUCUGGGCCGAUGAGACUGGUUUCUUCUAAAGCAUAUAGUGGUGAUAGGGAGCCUCAUUUUAGAAGUUCGACUGUCUACUGCAGCAAUGACGCAUUAUUAUACGACCCAAAGUUAUUUGCCGAAUAUACUAGAUCAGCUACAUCGACCCCCAGUAGUGUCAUAUUACACGUCAAAAACACACAGCAGCUUAUUCAGAUGGGAUUGACAGCCGACAAGACAUCACAUGGGUAUCAACAAAGUCAGAUGAGAUGUAUGAAAAAACGGCUCAUGGAUACAAAUCGGGAUAUCCAGGAGCUCUCAUUUAAUAUCGAGCUGCUCCAAGAACGCGAACGCAUUUUGCAAAUGCUAAAUCGAGAGCAAGCUUCGUAUAGAAUGCUUUAUCGUUGCAUAAGCAAAAAGACUGUUGCAGAUUUUGAAAACACGAGCCCAACGUGCGAUGGUAUCGAACUCUCGAUAAAGAAGCACAGAUUACUAAUGGCUAAAAAAGAGGCACUUGAGCUCCAUCAGUCUUUGGAGAGCAUGAAAGAACGUUGUAACUCAUGGCUAUAUUCAACUAUGUCAGCUCCUGGGCUCGAACAGGGCGGACGAGGGGCUACUGCAACGGAUAUGGCAAUUUCUCCAGCCAGUCAACCAGCUCCACCACCUGGUGUGCGUCCUUUCAGCUUUCAAGCCCUUUGCGACGUUCGGUCAUAUAUUCGAUGCAUCGGGACAUCGCAUAGUGAGCCCAGUUCAAGCCCAACAGACCUAUAUAAUGGUGAUGCUUCAGACAACGUCCCACUACUUCUAGACUAUAAAUGUAGUCAAACAAGCACGCUUUUAGAACAGUUUAAGCCUAUAAUCCUUUUAAAGCGCUACAAGUGCUGGGUCCAGAGGCAAGAGGAGCAAAAACUACAUCGUCUAUAUGAUUCCUCUCGAAUGGAUCUUGAAGAUUUGCUGCUCCUUGAAGCCGAAAGUGAUUUUGUAUGUACGCGUCAACUGGAUAUGGAUACAUCCUCGUAUCUGUGUUCCAAACAUGGGCUAUCACAACUGAGGGUAACAGAUAGGGAAACUACGCCUCUAAACCAAGCUCACGGCAGUGCAGAAUCAAGCAGUAACACGUGCAUGGCUAAUCCUGUUGAAUACUCUUUUAAAGAUAAAAACCAGCAAGAAUUUACAUUGCCAGACCCAAUCACCGAUCCGGAGGCUUUUAGGCAAGUAGAAGAACCUGCUAUGCACUUACCGAACAUUUUGGCCUGGGCUACGUCUAAUGCAGGUGCGUUCUUUCUCCAAGAUAACAACCCAAUUCCAUUUGACUUGCAACAAAUUGAUCUUGAUUUUGUCAUCGAGGAAAGCUUAUCAGUUGAGAAGGAUCCUGCGGAAACCGCUUUGCGAUGCGGCCUUCUGAGGGAUGUCUGGUCACAACUCGACAGGUCUCAACAAAAAUCGUUAAUGCUACGCCUCGUCAGGAUAUUAAGUACUAUUUGGGAUAAUUUUGAGUGCCUUGGAGAAGGACAAGGAAGAAGCAGAGUCAGUAACUAUGUCUACGAUACUCUCUGUCCAGUAACAUCCAGUUCUUUGACCCAGCUGACGCACAUUCCUGAACGGGCUUCGACAGAUACACCAUUAAAGAAGUCAGUUACCAUCGAUAUGGAGGAUGAGGAAGAGCAAAGCCGACGAAAUACUCCGAUCCCUGCUUACCCAUUCACUCAGAUGACGGCAGAGAGACGUCUUUGUAAAAUGGAAAAAGCCUUUUCUAAUCGACUGUUUAUAGAUGCAUUCAAAGAGGCAACACAAAAAAAUGUCCAUUCGGCUCUUCUUCCGGGGAACAUUCGCUCUGCUAUGCAGGAUUCGGGACUGACCUAUGAUCAGGGUAGUUGUAGUUCGGGGAUCCAGACUUCCAUCAUCUGUCAAAAAGAUCAAGGCGAGCAUGAGGGCUUAUCACAAUCACAAUUCCUCCAUCUGGAUAACCAAAUCUCACCACAGUAUAUGACAACCACACGUGCGCAGGUCCAGGAAAGUGUUAAAGUACAAAGAGGCGCGUCGUCCCGUUCUUUGAAGCCAUUGCCAGACGUGGAGACCUUAUACCGUGACGCCCGAGAACAUUCCUGGAUCCGUCGCUUUGAUUUUUCACUGGAUGAUCUUAUUAUUCAAUUCGAAAUGCCAUCUCUAGGAGACGAAUGUGGAGAGCCUUCACAGCGAAACUAUACAGCACCCAAAGUUAUAGGUGUGUCGCGAUGGAAAACAUUCUGUCCCAUUCCAGUCAGAUCUGCGCCUAGCUUCGGCGGCAAUACCACUGAUAGUGGGUUCGCUACUUCAGUAGAAGCAGGAGUGGAGUCUGUCCCGCGGAGCUCUAAUGUAUACCAGGUUAUGGCGCGAUCCUCAAAUUAUCCACUGAUGCACCUACUGAGUCUACCGGAUACCUUUUGCCCAGAGAAAUUUGGGGGUCGAGAUAAAAGGCAUGGAGAAGCGGAUUCUAGUGAAGGAAGCAACGAUCACAACUAUAGCCUGGCAUACGCCUUUACGCGUCUCUUAGCUCAUAGCAAUCCUCAGGCGAGCGAAUUUCUGACACUACCACUGCACGACAAAGAAUUGGUGAUGUAUCAUCGCUGGAUGGCGGCAUGGCAUGAGCACUCUGCUCAAAUACUAUCAAAAGCUAUUCGAACUCGGUUUGAAGCGAUGAGGGCUCUAAAAAAAUUUAAAGCACAAAGUGCUGGGGCUUUUGCAAUCGACCAUGAAUUCGGUUGGAGGUUUCGUCCAAGUCAACUUCGAAGCGGUGGGUUGAUGGAUGUACAAAGUUGCCCAAAGUGCCAGGAUGAAAUACAAGAACGUGAGAUGGCUUUGGAAGAUCAGGAAUGGUUUGAAGAAACAGUCCACUUUAUGGAAAUGGUAUCCGAAGCACAAGAGGGUGAAAAGAAUGACAGAUGCAAAGGCUGUGCACUUACAGAUAAUGACAAUGAGUUCACUACGCCACUUGGGCUGAACCAACAGGAAAUUCAUUUGAUACAUUUGCUGCAUAAACAAGCAGAUGAUAAACUUGUGAGCUGCCGUUUAUCCUCCAGAGGAGGGAACAUGGAACGCUGCAAAAUCCAUAGCGAAGUGCAGUCUUUCGUGUUGUCAGAGGAAGAACGGGCACUGGUGCGGAAGGAACUUUUUGAAAAGCCGGUCAAGUUGGCCACAGCCACACAGUGA